AGGCGUCCGGCGCCCCCCUGCGCGCCCGGCUCACGUGGGAUGCCGAGAGGAGGAGGCGCUGCCCGGAGGAGGAUGGCCCGCCCGCCCGGGGGGCGGAAGGUCAGCCAGGCCGGCCGGCUGCCUGCGCGGUGGGCAGACCUGGCGACGGCUCCUCCUGCGCGGCUCCAGGAGUCACAUUUAUUCAGCAACAGCAGAACAACUAGCAAGAAGCCGGCUUUGGUGGUCCUGUGUGGCACUUGGGAAUGAGAUUUUGGCCGCAGGGAAACUGAGGCAAGGAAACCCCUCUGCGGAGCUCCUUGAGACAUCUCUGUUUGGUGUGUGGGGCCAGCCUCCUGACAUUUAGACCAGGUGUGACCCUCUCUGCCCCUCGCCACAGCCCUCAUGGCAAAUCUGGAAGACGCGGCCCACGCCAGCCCCAGCGAGUCUGCCGAGAGUCCGAGUGAGGAGCUUUCCCCACAGAACGACUCCUUCCCACUCUCCUCACUGGCCAACCUGUUUGAGAAUGAGGAGGGAGCCCCCUCGGCCGAGGCUGCGCGAAGCCCCCCAGGAGCCGGGGAUGGAAAGCAGAACCUCCGGAUGAAAUUCCAUGGGGCUUUCCGCAAGGGUGUUCCGAACCCCAUGGACCUGCUGGAGUCCACCAUCUAUGAGUCUUCGGUUGUGCCAGGACCCAAGAAAGCCCCCAUGGACUCCCUCUUUGACUACGGCACUUACCGCCAUCACCCGAGUGACAACAAGAGAAGGCGCAAGAAGGCCCUGGAGAAGAAACCCCCCAGCACCAAGGGGCCUGCCCCCCACCCGCCCCCCAUCCUCAAGGUGUUCAACCGGCCCAUCCUCUUCGACAUCGUCUCCCGGGGCUCCACCGCUGACCUGGACGGGCUCCUGCCCUUCCUGCUGACCCACAAGAAGCGCCUGACAGACGAGGAGUUUCGAGAGCCCUCCACUGGCAAGACCUGCCUCCCCAAGGCCCUGCUGAACCUCAACAAUGGCAAGAACGACACCAUCCCAUUCCUGCUGGACAUCGCGGAGAAGACAGGCAGCACGCGGGAGUUCAUCAACUCGCCCUUCCGGGAUGUCUACUAUCGAGGCCAGACUGCACUGCACAUUGCGAUUGAGCGGCGCUGCAAGCACUACGUGGAGCUGCUGGUGGAGAAGGGGGCAGACGUCCACGCACAAGCCCGGGGGCGCUUCUUCCAACCCAAGGAUGAGGGCGGCUACUUCUACUUCGGUGAGCUGCCCCUCUCCUUGGCGGCUUGCACCAACCAGCCGCACAUCGUCCACUACCUGACAGAGAACGCCCACAAGCAGGCCGACCUGCGGCGCCAGGACUCUCGUGGCAACACGGUGCUCCACGCCCUGGUGGCCAUCGCAGACAACACUCGUGAGAACACCAAGUUUGUCACCAAGAUGUAUGACCUGCUCCUCAUCAAAUGUGCCAAGCUCUUCCCAGACACCAACCUGGAGGCUCUGCUGAACAACGACGGUCUGUCGCCGCUGAUGAUGGCUGCCAAGACGGGCAAGAUUGGGACCUUCCAGCACAUCAUCCGGCGGGAGAUCAAGGACGAAGACGCUCGGCACCUCUCCCGCAAGUUCAAGGACUGGGCCUAUGGCCCUGUCUACUCCUCCCUCUACGACCUCUCCUCGCUGGACACGUGUGGGGAGGAGGUCUCCGUGCUGGAGAUCCUGGUGUACAACAGCAAGAUGGAGAACCGCCAUGAGAUGUUGGCCGUGGAGCCCAUCAACGAGCUGCUUCGGGACAAGUGGCGGAAGUUUGGGGCCGUUUCAUUCUACAUCAGCGUGGUCUCCUACCUCUGUGCCAUGAUCAUCUUCACCAUGGUGGCCUACUACCGCCCCCUGGAGGGCACUCCCCCAUACCCCUACACCACCACCACCGACUACCUGCGACUCGCCGGGGAGAUUGUCACACUCUUCACGGGCGUCCUCUUCUUCUUCACCAAUAUAAAAGACCUCUUCAUGAAGAAGUGCCCCGGGGUGAAUUCUUUCUUCAUUGAUGGCUCCUUUCAGUUGCUCUACUUCAUCUACUCGGUCCUGGUGUUAGUGGCAGCUGCCCUGUACCUGGCGGGCAUCGAAGCCUACCUGGCUGUCAUGGUCUUUGCCCUGGUCUUGGGCUGGAUGAAUGCCCUCUACUUCACCCGCGGCCUCAAGCUGACUGGCACAUACAGCAUCAUGAUCCAGAAGAUCCUGUUCAAGGACCUUUUCCGCUUCCUGCUGGUCUAUGUGCUUUUCAUGAUUGGCUACGCGUCUGCGCUGGUCUCCCUGCUGAACCCCUGCCCCAGCAGCGAGGCCUGCAACGAGGAGCGCUCCAACUGCACAGCCCCUGCCUACCCUUCCUGCCGGGACAGCAAGACCUUCAGCAAUUUCCUCCUGGACCUCUUCAAGCUGACCAUCGGAAUGGGGGACCUGGAGAUGAUCGAGAACGCCAAGUACCCUGGGGUCUUUGUCAUCCUCCUUGUCACCUACAUCAUCCUCACCUUCGUCCUUUUGCUGAACAUGCUGAUCGCCCUCAUGGGAGAGACAGUGGGGCAGGUGUCCAAAGAGAGCAAGCAGAUCUGGAAGCUGCAGUGGGCGACCACCAUCCUGGAUAUUGAGAGGUUCUUCCCCGUGUUUGUCAGGAAAGCCUUCCGCUCAGGAGAGAUGGUCACCGUUGGGAAGUCCUUGGAUGGGACGCCGGACCGGAGGUGGUGUUUCAGAGUGGACGAGGUGAACUGGUCUCACUGGAACCAGAACUUGGGCAUCAUCAAUGAGGACCCCGGCAAGAGCGACACCUACCAGUACUAUGGCUUUUCCCACACAGUGGGCCGCCUCCGCAGAGAUCGGUGGUCCACUGUGGUGCCGCGGGUGGUGGAGCUGAACAAGAACUCGCAGCCAGAUGAGGUGGUGGUUCCCCUGGACAGCAUGCGCUCCCCUGCGGCAAAUGAGCACAAGCCCAGCUACCCCCAGAGCUGGAGAAAGGAGGACUCCCACAUCUAAUGGAUGCACAAGGAGCAGGGGCAGAGGGAGCUGGUCUCUGGACUGGGAUCAAGAAGCUGCCCGGCCUCUUUGCCACUGCAAGCGCUUGGCGGGCACAGCACCGCUUGGACCCCGUGUGGAGGGAGUUUCCUCUUGCUCCUGCCCCUUCACGCGAGGGUCCCGCUUGUAGUCUGCAGAAUGUGGCCCACCUGCCUCCUCCAGAGCAGCCUGCAGGGGGAGGAGCCUUCCCCAGGUUAUCAACUUGAGGUGGACAGCAGAGGCACAUCUUUAUGGGUUUGCUUUUGAACACAAAAAACAGAGUUGUCACAAUACCAAAUUAUGCGCCAGUGGGUGGAAGCUGCAGAGGCUGGUGACUGGGAACAUCAUCCUGUGUGGUCAGGCUACGAGCUCCAUGGCGCUGACGUUACAGGAGGCUGGGUGGCGACAGUGACUCUUGCGGGGGCUGUUUGAAGUGGCCAGUGACUCCUGGAGUGGCUCUUUGCGUCCAAGCGGGCUCUAAAUUCAGGGUUAACUUCUGUGAUGCUGAGCCGGGGCAAAUGGCCCAAGGGCUGCUGCAUUUCUUACUCCAAAUAGUUUUAUUUUGCACAAGGUUUUAUCUGAUUAUUUAUUUAGUAAUAAAAGCCAAAGUAUGUCA